GAGGAAUAUCAAAAGGCUAAUGGAAAUAUAAUUGUACAGUAACUUGGAACAAAAAACAACAGUAGAAAAGUGAUAACUAAUAGAAAGAAGUUGGGACCGUGAACAAACAAAUAUUCACACUGCAGCAGCAGAUUACCGGCUUACUUAAUUAAUUUUUAAUUAAAUUCUCAGCCAAUAUCUUCUUCAUUAACAAGACAAUUUCUUACAGCACUCUAGCAUUGUCUUAAAGUAUACUGGAUAUUGAAUUUGAUGUAUUUAAAAAAACAUAUUAAUCUAUCUUUGUUUCAAUCAAUGUUUGUGCAAGGAGUGAUACUCAGCUCCGAAACGCUGAUAGAAGAUAGGCUCUUCAUUGUUUGGUGACAUGUUGCCUGACUACAAUCUGCAAGCCUAGCUGUGAAGAGGCUCUUGAUCAACACAUCACGUUCAGAUUAUUACAGAUAAGAGUCUCACUGAGAAAAAACAAAUACAGCUGCAGAUAGUCUUGCUUCAAUGAAACAUUGAAGACAAUCCAGAAAAACCCGACAACCUCAAGCUUUGCAUUUCAUGAAGGCUUUUCCAUGAGUCAAUAAAAACUGCUUAUUUCAAGAAGAAAAAGUUCAUUUUCAUUGUGCAAGUUCCAGAUGUACAAUAUUUGAAUUAUUAACUUUGUGUGCUUAUGGGGCUGCCUCUUGUGUUUUUGUAAACUAAUAAUUUGUUUUUAAUUACAGAUUCCAGUCAGUUAUUUUUACCCAUGUUAAUGUGAUUGACCAGGACUGAAAGAAAGAAGUGCAAAACACCCAGAGAAAAGAGACACCCAGAGGGAUUUACAAUGUCACUCAAGCUUCCCAGAAGAAUAAGCAGCAAGAAGAAAAAACCUCCAAAAUACAAUGCCCAAGAAGAAAUUCUACGCAGGCUUGGCUUGGAGGCCUGCUCCACUACACCACUUGACCCAGCAUCUAUGCUAGAUAUCAACACAUGGAAUCUGGACAAUCAAGCUCCGCAAGAACUUAAAGACCUACCAAGAGUUUUUCUGCGACGUCUUUGGUUGCUCAGUCAUGAUGCCAGGACUUCUUGUGUCCAACCAGAACAAGAUGCUCCCAACGAAAACUUCAAAGCAUCAGAGGACAGGUUUGGUGAUUCUGGACAAGACAGCCAAAGCAUCAUCAAUCCCCUUGAUCUGGUCACAUCUGUGUUUAUGUCUUCUAACCCUUUUCUCCAGCAGGAGAUAGCUGUGCACAUGAUGCAAUGUCAGUUUGCUGUCCCUCUAGUCCUACCAAACAUUGAUCCAGAAAUAUCAGGCAAGUUACACUUAUGGCCUUUAAGAGGUGUUAUUGGCAAAUGGAAGUCUCACUCUCAGGAAACAAGUGGUAGAUUCCAAGAAGUACAUUUGGCAACCACAAACAUGCCAAAUAUUUCAUGCGUGAAACUUGGAUAUUUUGGUGUUUCAAAGUCUCAGGUGCUGAACCAUGUUCUGAAUGGACACAAAUUUUGCAGAGAAACCUUUGUCCACAGGGGCAUGAACGGAGGGCAGAUGCCCCGAAGACUCUCCAAUGGUCUAGUUGAAGUUGGGUGGUAUGUGCCCAAUGGAAAAGUUUGUGACAUCUUCCCUGUCCCAGUGACAAUCUCUAACCUGCGCGGUAAUGCCAGCGCACACGAAAAAUGCCUUCAACUUCUGUGCAAAACAUCUUCAGUUGUUGUUGUUUUCUGUGGCAAUCUUCAGGAAAAAGAGAAACAGCUUAUAGUUACCUGCAAAGAAAUGGCAAGUAAACUUCUGUUAAUUGACUUUUCAGAUACAGAAAGAUCAGAUAAUAGAGCUGCUGAGUUUGUGGAACUUCCAAGAGAGUCUGUCCUUCCCGCCAACACUUUAAGUGAACAGGAAGUUGCCGCUAAACUUUCUGACAUGCUAAAGGAACUGCUACCAGGCAGUCUGAAACACGUAACUCUUGAGGCGGCAGCAACAUUUGCAUCAGAGUUAGAUAUAGAAGUGGAUGAAGGCCCUGUUUGUAAAAAGGCAAUGGCUGCCGUGGAAGAGGUCUUAAAAGGUUUUGAUGAAGGACCUGCAAAUUUUCAGAUAAAACAACUUCCCUUGCAGGGUGCUCUGUGGUCCAAACUGACGGAACUAGAUAAGGAGGAGAGCAAACAAAGAAAAAGGGGAAAUGAACCCGACCCUAUGUUACAAAAAGAAAAAAGAGACAUCCUUGCGUCCUUGGGCAACUACAAAAUGACCCCAGCUAUGAAAGUCUUCACUGAUUCUCUUUUUACCACUGAUAAAAUGGAGAGAGCAUAUUUUCUUAAUUGGCUCAAACUAAAGCUUCAUCUGAUUCAAGCUGAAAAACAAAAUGAGUCACAAGAGUCGCUAUCACUGCUUCAAGAAAAUGAUAAAGAUGGCUUGUCUGGGCACUCAGAAGACUCUCAGCGCAGUGCCAGUAACAGUAUGGUUGACAGUAUGUUUUCAUCUUCAGAAGAGAUAGCCAAAGAUCAGUCUAAAUGUAUAAACUUGAAGAUCUCCGAGCAACCCAACGGUCUGGUCCAAGAGUCAUUGGAGUCAAGAGAAAACACUCAAGAACAUUUAUCAAAAGAAAAGGAGUCCAUCCACAUAUCAAGUGAAAGGAACGUCCAAAGUGUGGCAUCUGAAAACCAAGUUUCUGCAGAUUCUGGAGAAACUGAAAACUGUGAAAGUGAGUCCCAGCAUCAAUCAGAGCUUGCAAGUGCAACAACAGAUCAUUCCACUGCUUCUGCCAAACAAAUCAAACAAAAAGUGUCACAUGAAAAUGGUGUUUCUUCUUGUUCAGAGUUUUUUGAACCUGAUUCACCAUCACUUGGUCUUGAGAAUUUUCUGCGUGAGAUGGGCCUAAUUUUUGAGCUAACACACACUGGCCCGAACAGUAGAACACAAAAUGUGUUACGUUUACCCAGCAUGGCUGCAGACCUUCUUCUCUAUGGGGUUCCACUUGAAUUGAUGGAUGGGAAUGCCUCAAACAUGCCCACAUGUUGGCUGAGCUGUGUGUUUGCAGAACUCAAACAUCGUUUACCUCAAGAACGGUUGAGGACCCGAGUCCUGACAAAUCUCGGCAAGCACAAUGCAAACCAUCAAGAUUUUUUUUCCACCCUGUUUGGGGUCAAAUUUCCUGAGGAGAGGGGAACAACAAAGAGAGGAAUGUACAUUGCUGUCUUGGAAGUCCCAAUUCAUUUUAGACAGGACUUAGGAUGUGACUUUCUGUUUUUGAUCAACAUAGUCGGACUCUGUUCAUCCUCUGCUGAUAACAAACUUAAUAGGCUGAUGUAUGACAAUGAGAUGGCCACCAUAGCAACUGCGGUUAGUGACGUUUUAAUGCAAAACUGUUGUCCUCAGAAUGGUAAACAACAUGAAAACCCCUUCGGCGUCAUGGUCAACGCUCUCCUGUGCAGCAGAGAAUAUGGGACCCUUCCCAUUCACCAGCUCCUGGUCCAGGAUGAGGGCAUUCACAGCAAGUUGCAGACCUUUCAGAUGAGACGUGUGUAUGAGGUGUUAAAACCCAAGAAUGGGGAGAAAGAAAGCACUAAUGACAAUAAUCCAAAUACUGUAAAUUCUGCUACUUUUGUCAAAGGGCCUCAGCCCAAUAGGUUUUUUUCUGAACCAGUUGAUAUACAGUACUCCAAGGCAAUUUUAAGCCUUAAGAAAGAUAUCUUUGAGGCACUGAAGAGAUGUGCGGCAUCCAAAGUCUCAAGUAUGCCUGAGUUUAUGGGACAUGUUGGUGCUGUUUGGGAUGCAGUUAAAUCCGACUCAUUUUCUAUUGGUAUGCAAGAUGGAGACAGUGCGCUGGCAUUUUCUUUAUUGUGUACAGAGUUGUCCCAUUGGGAAGAUACUUUACUGGAACACAUGGAAAGCUGGCUAAUAGAAGCAUCCAAGAAAAUCUUUGCCGCAAAUGCUUUGAACACUGAACAAAAUGAUAUGUUGAGUUGCUUGAGUAAUGAAGCCCAGGAGGAAAUCCAAUCAGAAGGGAUCAAAUUCAAGUUACAUCUGGAGACCUACCUAAUGAAUGAUAACUCUCUUAAGAGAAAUGUUGAAAUGUUCACUCAAAUCUUGAUGAGCAACAUUGGCAACUUCCAGGACCAAAUAACAAAAGAGAUCUUUCAAAAGCUAGAGACCAUAAGUGAGAACCACUGCUCCCUCAGACAGAUGAAAAAGUUUGAAAGCUUGCUGCAGGAAGAACAAGAGUUCAAGCUACUUGCACUGUCAGAAACGAGCAAGUCAACAAAAAUUCUGUUUCAAGAUGCUGAACUGGAAGAAGAGUUUGAAGUUGUGUGGAGUAAGACACUGUCUAACCUUGACUUCAGACCAUCAAAGGCUGAUGACAUUACUUUUAGAGUGAGAGAGGUUCUGAAGCAGAAUCUAAUCACCCGUGGCCUCUAUAAGCACUUGAAAAAACUCGAUGAUGUUGGCAAAAACCAAACUAGCGACUUCCAAAUUAAUGAUGAGCACUUUGGGUACCGGAGCAGACUGAAGCACAUGUUUGAAGACAACAACAAACUGCAGAGAACAGAGGCUCAGCAGCUGGCAUGCAAAAUCAAAGAAGAUUAUGAUCAAUUUGUAGCUCAUAAAUGUAGUUUACCUGCAGACUUCUCCGAUAGCUACAUAGUGGAACUGCUAGAAAAUGUUGAAAAGGCUCUGAAAGAAAAAUCUAUGGAAAUAAGAUCCGUGUUUGAAGUGGAUGUGAAAGUUUAUCUCUGCAAUGCCGCAUGUCAAGACUUUCAAAAACUGCAUGACCGCUUUGCUAAGGAUCGAGAGCUUUUGAGUUAUCUCUCUGAAAGAAAGAGCAAGUGCCAGGCCGAGUUUAUCUACCAUUUCAGGAAAAGAGAUCAGUGUCAGAGGAUAGCCAAAGCAUUUGUCUCCAUGGUCAUCAAACCCACAGUGUUAGACUACAUUUAUAGACCACUGGGGAUGCACAUUGUGGAGGAGAUUAAAGAGAAAGCCAAAGAGUGUCAGUCUCCUCGAGCUUUUCAAAUUAGCUUGCUGGAGGAAUUGGUUAAAAAGGACGAUUUUAGGAGCUUCAAAGAAUAUUUGAUGUCCUUUGACAACUCCGGGCUGAAGAAAAUCCAGGAGAUGGUGGUGGCUCACCUAUCUGAGUCAAGCACCUUAGGCAAGUGGAGACAGCAGAAGCUUGGAGAAAUAAUAGGAAAGGUUGCAGCAGCUGUGAACCAAACCCCAGAAGUUACUGAUGGAGUGCUUAGUGACACAAAGCCACUACUGGAAAAAAUAUGCCUCAUUCUAGAGAAAGAUGCAGGUGUUUAUGUCAGCAGGGUGGCUCUAAAUGGACCUCUCUUUAGUAUCACAACAGAAUGGAACCGUUUUUUGAAAUGUUUAAUGGAACUUCUGGCUACAAUACGGAUGGAUCUUGGCCAGGAGUUUUCCCAAAAUGUGGAUAUUACCGAGCUACUUCAAAGCCUUUCAGUUCAGCCCCAGGAAUACCUGUUUAAUGCUGUGAGAAGCUGCGACAACCGCUGUCCUCUUUGCCGAGCCCCAUGUGUCGAAGAGGCAUUGGGGCAUUUGGUUCACAAGGCUUUGCUCCACUGGCCCAUAUGCAUGCUGCCUUUCGACUCCCAUUCCCAGUCCUGUGUCAGCUGCUGUGACAACCAAACACCAGGUCACAACAGUGAUGCACAUGGAUUUUACCAUGCAUGCAAAAACCUUCAGUCUCUUUACCCAAACUGGAGCAACCCAUUGGAUGACACAAACAGCCAAAACACCAGCAAUUACUGGAGGUACAUGCUAGCGAGGUUCAAUGAGCAAUUGGCAGCAGAGUUCCAUCAGAAACCAGUGAAGAUUCCUGAGGAGUGGAAGAAAAUUACUCAGCAGGAGGCCUUGGGAAGUCUGAGGGAGAUCGUCCCCACAGAAGAGUCCUGGAAAUAAAGCAGAAAUCUAAUUAAAGCCAUUUUGAUGGUUUACAAUCCAUUAUGUGAUUUACAGACGGCUAAGAGCUUUUUGUUAGGGUUAGGGUUAUAAUGUGUUUGCUCAUUAGUUUUUUUUUUUUUUUUUUCAUUUGCAUUUGUAAUAUUAACACAGAUUACUCAUUACAGGAAAUUAAUUAAUUUAAAACAUUGUUGUUUUUCGUAUUUUUGUAAUUCUUUACUGUAACAAAUAAGGUUACACUAUGCAUCUAAAUACUUAAGCCUGUGUGUACCUGCAUUUUAUAAAUUAAUUUAAAGUUUUCAUUAUUUAAUCAUCCUAUGUUUAAUGAAAUAGCUGAUUGAUAUUCACUUGCUAAAGAUUACAUGUGCAGUGUUUUUUGUUGCUUUAACACAAUACAAAUUUUAAAUACAUGUAUUUAAAUGCAAUGUUACUCUCAAAAACAAUUGAAAUGUGAGCAGUUUUUCGUAUCAUAAAACAACAUAUUCUCCGAAAAGGA